AGCCACCAGAACCAGGAUCACACUCUUAUAGUUUUCGAGAUGGACAAGGACAGAAGACACCUGUCUGAGAGGAUAUUAUCUCUCACCCUGGAGAUUAUCCAUCUGCUGACCGGAGAGGAUUACACAGUAGGGAAGAAGACAUCCAGUGAGUGUAUGAUACCUAGCUGCUUUAAUCAUGUGUCCGGAGGACUGAGCAGGACCCAGAGCCCAAUCACGUUUCCUCCACCUCACUCACUGAUACAUGACACAGACAAUGACCAGAAGAUCCUGGAUAUAACCAACAAGAUCAUUCAGCUGCUGACUGGAGAGGUUUCUAUAAGGUGUCAGGAUGUCACUGUCUAUUUCUCCAUGGAUGAGUGGGAGUAUAUAGAGGAACACAGGGGUCUGUACAAGGACGUGAUGAUGGAGAAUCACCAGCCCCUUACAUCACUGGAUGGUCCCAGUAACAGAGAUACCCCAGAGAGAUGUCCCCGUCCUCUGUAUUCCCAGGAUUGUACAGUGGAGAAUCACAGGAUCCCACAAGAGCAUCAGGUGGAACACCUGACUGAAAUGAAGGUAGAACCUAUGGAGGGAGAAGAAGAUAUGUAUAUAAGUGCUGAUCAGCAGUGUAGGAAGGAGGACAUCACUACAGAUAACAGCACAGUAGAUGGACGCAAAAGCAAGAAUCCCUUGGAGCCAUAUCACAUUUGGCGUCAGGAUUUUAAAAUAGAAGAUGACAUCACCUGCGAUUCUCCAGGGGAAAACAUCAUUACCCUAAAUGUACAUCCCUCUAAUCAUUCUGAAUGUUUUCCUGAUAACUCAGAUACUUUUACACAUAUUACAGCUGUCACAGGUAACUUUGCUUGUUCUGAAUGCGGCAAAUGUUAUAGACGCAAGACAACCUUUCUUAGACAUCAGAGAACUCACACAGGGGAGAAACCAUUUCCAUGCUCUGAGUGUGGGAAAUGUUUUACACAGAAAUCAGAUCUUGCUGCACAUCAGAUAAGUCACAAUGUAAACAAACCAUUUCCGUGUUCAGAGUGUGGAAAACAUUUUCCAAGUAAAUCAAAUCUUUCUCGACAUCAGAGAAGCCACACAGGGGAAAAGCCAUUUCCAUGCUCUGAGUGUGGGAAAUAUUUUACACAGAAAUCGGAUCUUCACAGGCAUCAGGUUAUUCACACAGGUCUAAAACCGUUUUUAUGCUCUGAGUGUGGGAAAUGUUUUCCAUGUAAAUCAAAUUUUAUUAGACAUCAGAGAAGUCACACAGGUGAGAAGCCUUUUCCAUGUUAUCAGUGCGGGAAAUGUUUUGCACAGAAAUCACAUCUUGUUUCACACCAGAGACUUCACAUAGGUGUGAAACAUUUUACACGCAAACCAGAUCUUGGCAGAAAAAGAACUUGUGAUGUAAAGAAACCAUUUUUAUGUACCGAGUGUGGGAAAUGUUUCCCAUGUAAAUCAAAUCUUAUUAGACAUCAGAGAAGUCACACAGGUGAGAAGCCAUUUCCGUGUUCUGAGUGUGGAGGAUGUUUUACACAGAAAUCAGAUCUUAGUAGACAUCAGGUUAUUCACUCAGGUCUCAAACCAUUUCCAUGUUCAGAGUGCGGAAAAUGUUUUAGACAAGUAUCAAGUCUUAUUAAACAUCAGAGACGUCAUACGGGCGAGAAACCAUUUCUGUGCUCUCAGUGCGGGAAAUGCUUUGUUGAAAAGGCAGCUCUUGUUGCACAUCAGAUAAUUCACAUGGGAGUAGAACAAUUUCCAUGAGCUGACAGACAUGAAGCAAGUUUGCAGCAAUACUUUAAAAAUUACAAAAUCAGUCCAUUAUAAAGAUUUAAUGAAAUCUUUGGUUUUGCACAGCUGUCAUAGUCUUUUUGAAUAUUUGAGGUAUUCGUAUUGGUUGCCCAGGUUAUUCCCAUUUUUGCAGUACUGAUAGAGCUGGGUACUUAAGGCUGAUUAUAGCAGGCAUUUUUAUUAUAGCUUAUGGUUAUUUACUUUGGCUAAUAUCAAUGGAAAGUCCAAGUUCUAGGUCCCACCGCUCCUCAUAACUUCCCUGUCUCCCGCUAUUUUCCUCUAAGCUCACUUUUCUCCCAUCACACUUUGCUGGUUUCACCUUGAUUUCUUUGCUUCCUGUCACAGUUUUCUCCUAUCUUUCUGUUUCAGAAAUCCUGCUCUACAGGUAUCUCAGACCUCUCUUCACCAACUCAUUGUUAUGUCAAAGUAUAUAAUUUUCAGAAAUUUCAAUGAUAUGCACUCCUCUAGGUCUCUAUACUACAUCUUGUCUCCAUAAAAACCUCCCUCUCUAAAACCAUUACAUUCUGCAACACAAGUUUAUCCCGUCACUGUCAGUACUUAGCAGCAGUAAUAGGGGUUACAUUCCCCCCCUAGUGCACUGGCACUGCCACUAGUGUACAGGCAAUAGGAGUUACAUUCUCCCCCAAGUGAACUUAGCAGAAGUAAUAGGGGUUAGAGUCUCCCUCUAGUUCACUGGCACUCCCACUGUUGCACUGGCAAGAGGGAUUACAUUCUCCCUCUAGUGCACUUAGCAGCAGUAAUAGGGGUUACAUUCUCCCUCUAGUGCACUGGCACCAAGGUUUCAUGUUUUCAUGCCUAAAUAACAAAAGUAUGAAACCCAACAAUUUGGGCUAUAUUGAUGUAGCCUUCUAAUAUAUGAAGUGACCCAUUUGAGCUUAAUGUUCCAUGUCAAGGGGAUUGGAUCAUAGGGUGUCCUUGCCUGCUUCUUGUGCUGUAUUGUAUCAAAGUCCCUGAAUUUCUUUUUCUUAAUCACUUCCAUCUCUAGAUUUCCUCUGACAAAGUGGUCUCCUGAUGAAUUGUGAUCUUAAUCUAUACAUGCUUUACCGCAUUGAUCUGUGUUUUUUCUACAUCUUUGCUUUCUCCGCUGCUUUACCCUUGGUUUCUCAGGUUAAUGCUAACUGUAGAGUCUAAGACAGUUUUUGUGCUGAUGAAGUCUUUCAUGAUUUGCUCUACCUGGCCAAGAUUCAGAGAGUAUGAGUCUUUAGGCUUCGUCACUUUGAUGCUGGUUAGUCUGCCCCACUUUUUAAAAUGGGGACUGAAAGAAAAGAAGGGUUCCUGUACUGUGUUUGUCUUUGUUGAGGGAGUACUACUUCAUUUUACUAACUUUCACUUACCCAGCAUCUUUUCUAUUUUGCUGGAAAAACAUCUGCUGAACAAAUGACUUUUGAAUAGAUCAGCUUCCUUUAACUGAUACAACUCCAGGGCCAGUCACAUUUGCAGCUUCAGUUCCUCUUAUUCCUUCUAUUGCAUUUUAUCUCUACAGACUCUUUGUCUCCAACACUUUGCAGAAGCUUUAGUGGGUCAUUCCUCUAAAUGACUGUCCAAUGGACAAAGGUUAUGAACAUGGAUCUAUACAACAGUGCCGAAGACCUACUUGGUGAUGACUUUCUUUUCCAAGUCAGCCCUGCUAUCUGCUUAUUUUGCAGGGUAGAGACAUUUCAGGCUGCAAAGUGAUUUUGUCACUGUUUUUACUCAUAUAUACAAUGGGUUUCUCAAUACAAUGUGUUUCUUAAAUAGAUUGCACAUAAAGAUGGCUAUAGCAAUUGUUUUGUUCCCAGCUAUCUUAGGAGCUCCUACAUUUCAUGCAUUUAAUCUGGCCCUUCUGAUUCGAUGUUUCAGCUGUUCCCAAGAGUUGAGACAGCUCGGUUACCUGGGAUUCCAGAGACAAAACAUCCUCUUGCAGGGAUGUGUGCAUUAUGCUGUUCUUUCUCAAGCCUCUUCAAACAUUCCAUUGGGAACAGGAUCUCCAGUUCUCUUUUAGUAAAACAAACCUACUCUGGUAGCUCCUUAUGUUUUAUUUUUAUAAUUUUUACAUUUUUUUAGUUUCAAAGAGAUAUUAAUUAGCAGUGACAUAAUAGAAAACAACCAAUACAAAGUAAAAAAGCAAGGUGCCGCAUUAAUAAAAACAGUAAAUAUAACAAUUGUAAAUGCAACUCAAAGCAGGAAGUUCAGAAUAAAUGUAACUAUGCAGAGUAAUAAGGCACAUAAAGUAAAUGAGGGGGGAGAGAGUAGCCCAAAAAGAUAACUUUAGAAACACUAAAAAGAGAGAGGAAUAGAGUGAGGGGUUAAAACAAAAAGUCAUAUUGGUGGAUGGAGAAUGGGCUAGCAUAAGUAUACCAAGUAACCCAAAUCCAAAGGAACGGUGGGUUGCUUGGAGUUGAGGUAAGCAGUAUUUUUUUCCAUUGCACCCAAGUGCUAUAUUCUAGCGAGAACAGCAGAAAGAGAUGGCGGAGCAGGAUUUUUUCAGCGGGAAGCUAUGAAACAUCUAGCAGCAGUUAGGAUUUGGGCCACCAAUUUAUCCUCACAUCUGUAUAUGGACUCAAAGAGAAAACCUAAAAAACAGGACCAAGGGUUAACAGUUAUGGGGAAUUUAAUACACAACUAACAAGGUCUGCAAAUGAGUACCAGAAUACAACUAUUAAAGGAUAGAUCCACCAUAUAUGGAGGAAGGUACCAUGAUUCCCACUCCCCCUCCAAUAAAUUGGAGAGGUAGAGCUCUUCUGUAGAGCCAAGUGGAAACUAUGUACCAGCAAUAAAAGGAUUUUAAUACCUACCGGUAAAUCCUUUUCUCCUAGUCCAUAGAGGAUGCUGGGGUAUAGACGGGAUCCGCAGGAGA